CUUAACGUCAUUUGUGAUCUGAUAAAAUCAGACACAUGGAAGAAUCAAUUGUACCACCAAACAAGAUCCGUCGUUCAAGUGCUGAAUAUCUUCCUCACUUUUAAAGAGAAUUUACGUUUUAGAAGAUCUUGACGUCAUCUGUGAUCUGUGACUCAGUGUGCAGCAAAAGGAAAAAGAGUAGAGGCAUUUUAACACGGUCCGUUCUUCAGGUGUUGAACAUCUUCAUUAUUUCAAAAAAAAAAUUGCGUUUUGUGAGGUCGGUAUGGAGAUGUGGAGAAUAACUGAUUUUCUUAUCCUCACUUCCUUGAUGAACUUGUCAAACGCUUCUGAUCAAUGUGGCGUGAGAAUGGCCCCAACUGGUACAGCUCUUAAAGGCUUCGUCUUCAAAUGGAUACUUGUAAAAGCUCCUUACAUGUGUGAUGUGGAGUGCGAAAAAGAGAUCAAUUGCCAAAGCUACAAUUACGUCAUGAAGGAGAAGAUUUGUGAAUUAAACAAACGCACAAAGGAGGCGAGGCCUGAACAUUACCGCUUUGAUCCUGCUCGGUUUUACGCUCGACGUUUGAAGGGUAGAGCUCUUUUGGGCUCCAUCAAAGAGUUACCAGCCCGGUCAUGUCAAGAAAUAAAAGCUAGUGAAGGCAAAAACGCAAUCUAUGGCAGGUACUGGUUGGAUCCAACUAACACUGGAAAGGCAACUUUGUAUCACUGCGACAUGUUUCCUUUUGAGUUCAGAAACUGUGCUGAACUUUAUAAACAUGCUGAUUGGCUAAAAACUGACGGUGUGUAUACCAUUAAACCUGACCAAAUGUCUGCCUUUGAUGUCUACUGUGACCAAACAACUGCUGGCGGAGGAUGGACAGUGUUCCAGAAGAGACUGGACGGCUCGGUUGAUUUUAAUCGUAACUGGAGCGACUACAAACGAGGCUUUGGUGAUCUGAAUGGUGAAUUUUGGCUCGGACUGGACAAGAUUCACCGUCUGACCUCAGAUAACAACACCAUACUGCGCAUAGACUUGGAAGACUUUGAAAGGAAUACUCGAUAUGCUGAGUAUAAAAAGUUUUGUGUCAAGAGUGAAAAUUACAAGUACAAAAUGAGUUAUGGUUCUUAUUCAGGAGAUGCAGGUAACUCUCUUGGUUGGCAUAGGAAUAAGCCAUUCUCCACCAGAGAUCAAGAUAAUGAUGAUGGCAAACGCUAUAACUGCGCUGUUACGUACAAAGGAGCCUGGUGGUACGCCAGUUGUCACGACUCGAAUCUGAAUGGUUUGUAUCAUCAUGGAUACCACUCCUCCUAUGCUGAUGGUGUGAACUGGAAUCACUGGAAGGGACAUCACUAUUCGCUGAAGAGAACGGAAAUGAAAAUAAGACCAGUGGAUUUCUAAAUGUUCAUGUUCUUAAGUGUUCAAACACUGCAUAAUGUACACUAGUUACUCAGAAAAUACUGGCUCUGAACCAUACCAAGGUAUAUCACGCAUUUUUAAUAGCCCAUUUCCAAAUUACCUUGGCCUCUCAGUUUCAAAGAGAGUCCUGGUGCUCAUCCUUUCAUAUGAUUACAAGUUUUCUUACAAAUGCAAAUGAAACUCAUUCUCAUACGAAUUGUUAACCACCAGGUCAGGGUUGGCAUAACUUUUGACUGUAACCCCUAGUGUUUGAUCAAGGAAAGCGUGACGUCACAAACGCGUUUACGUUUCCCUUGUCUAAACGAACGUAUCGACGAAUAAGAGUAAUCUCUUUCCUUAUAGAAACUUUUAGAAAUCAGAACGCAACGUAACUUGAAACGAAACACAGCAAAGCAGUAGGAGAAAAGGAAAAAGAUUAUAUGGGUGCUGCAAAAUAAAUUCAAUGUUUUGGACUGCGUUACACUGUUUUGAUUUGUCAAUAUUGCUUACCAACGUUCGCGGAUCUUUAUUACUUUAUUGAGAAUUACGGUCUAAACUUGUCUUCUAUCCCAAAAGUGAUCUUGAUUACCGCGGGUCUUGUCCGAAACUGAAACGCUAAUUAUAAUUUUCUUUCUAAAAAGCACUAAUCACGGAGGCGUCAAUCUGUUCAGAAAAUAUUUCGCAGCUUCUCUAGCUCGGAGGCAGUAACAUUCAGCUUUAACGGAUGCGGUUACACUGAGGGAUACAUGCUUUUCUUUUAUUUAUCUCUAUGAUCGUCGAGGAAGUGCGAAGCAGAAAAUACCACAAGAUGGCUGAAAAGGACUCUUUUUUCUCUAUACAACUAUUCUAGCCAAAGUUACAACUAGCUUGGUCUACUUAAUUUCCUGAACACUUAGUUAAACUGAUCUAAAAGAAAUGAGCAUCCUUACAAUCUUUUUUAUGGAUGUCGUGGACUACUCAGACCUCCUGGCCCAUGCAGAAGCUU